UGCUAUAUAAGCGGCCCAGCCCGAUCAGCCAAACAUCAAAUCAAGCUCACAGCUUCAAGUAGUUACAGCUACCCAACCAACCAAAACAAAAACCAACCCAUCAACAUGAAAUUCUUCGCCGUCUGCUUCUUCGCUGUUGUGGCUGUGGCUGCUGCCAAGCCCGGAAUUGUGGCUCCUCUGGCGGCUGCUCCUCUGGCCUACACCGCCCCGGCUGUGGUCGGCAGUGCCGCCUACGUGGCUCCCUACGCCUCCAGCUACACCGCUAAUACCGUGGCCCACAGCGCCGCCUUCCCAGCCGCCUACACCGCUCCCAUUGCCACUGCCGCCUAUACCGCCCCCAUCGCCGCUCCUGUUGCUGCCGCAUACACCGCCCCAGUCGCCGCCGCCUACACCGCCCCUAUCGCUACCGCUUACACCGCCCCGGUCGCUGCCGCCUACACCUCUCCCAUUGCUGCCCCGGUUGCCGCCGCCUACACCGCCCCCAUUGCCCGUUAUGCUGCCGCCCCCAUUGCCGCCCCUGUGGCAGCCGCCUACACUGCCCCCAUCGCCGCUGCCGCUGCCCCGGUGCUGCUGAAGAAAUAAGCACUCCGUCUUGCGAAUUAAUCCUCUUGACCAAUUUGUGUAAAUAAAGAAAUGUACAUACCAAACGAAACAAAAGACAAAAACAAAUUUUUUUAAGAGAAAGAAGAAUCACUGGAAAAAUAUAAUCUUCGGAAGUCAAGAUGUUAACCAAUAAAGAUCCGACCCAAGAAAAAAUA